AUGUCAGCAACCCCUACAAUCAGUAUCUACGAGGUAACAUUCGCUCAAUCGGAUAAAACUGAUGCAAUUCUGAUUGUUGAGGGAAAGAAGUUGCAUGUUAACAAAGCGCUUCUCUCGUAUCAUUCCGACUAUUUCAACACCCUUUUCAAUGGUGAAUUCAAGGAAAAAUCGAUGCCAGAAAUUCCGAUUGAAGAUGUCAAAUUCGAAGAUUUUGCUACUCUUUUGAGUCUUCUUCAGGCAGAACCAAUUUGUCCAAAAAAAGAAAAUGCUGAGAAAAUAUUGGAAUUGGCUGAUCGAUUUCUUCUUCCAACUGUCAAAUUUCCAUUGGACCUUUUCCUCGCUAAUUCAUACAUGGAUCGUUAUGAUAAAGUUCGAAUUGGCGAUAAAUAUGAAAUGAAAAAAGUUUUUGAUCAAGGAAUUUCCGAAUUCACCGAAGAUGAUAGAUUUUAUAAUAUGAAAAGCUAUUCAAGAUAUCAGUCACUUUCCGAUAAAGUUAAAGUAGCUGUCCUCUCUCUUCGUUUUCGGAGGCUGGGAGACUGUGUGCAGGAAAUUCCGAUUGAAGAUGUCAAUUUUGAAGAUUUCGCCACACUCCUGAGUCUUGUCGGUCCGAAUCCAAUCGAGCCAGCAGCUGAAGCCUGCGUAAAACUAUUGGAACUUGCCGACGGAUUCAUGCUCCCUGGUGUCAAGCCAUAUAUUGAACGUAUUUUGAUUGCGAGUGACAUUGGUUGUUUGGGUAAAAUUUGGAUCGGCGGUAAAUAUGGACUAGACUAUCUUCUCGACAAUGGCUUGUCCUCAACGGAAAGUGGAGGCUAUAGUUUCAAAGGAAUUAUUUCUUCGGACUAUUUCAAAAAACUUCCAGAAGCGACUCAAUUGAAAAUUAUUAAUAUAAUGCUGAAAUAA